CGCUUAGGCAGCGCCGCCCCUGGAGUCCGCCGGCGACAGUCUUGGCCAUGGCGUGCGGCGGGUCACUGCUACUGGGGUUGCUUUCAGUCUCGGUGACCCUGACCACCUGUGUGACCCUGUGUGGCCCAAAUAUGUACCCAUUUGGGAACCUCUGCUGCAAACUCUGCCCCGCAGGUCACCAUGUCAGCCAACAUUGCAGCGUGAACAACAGCCUUGGAGAGUGUACUCCUUGUGAUCCUGGCACCUUCAUGGCCCAUGCCAAUGACCAAUUUUCGUGUGACAGGUGUAACCAGUGCCGGGAAGACCAGGAGAUGGUGGCUGAGUGCUCCCCGACCAGUGACCGGCAGUGCCAGUGUAUACCAGGCCGCUUCUACUGCGACUCUGCAGACUGCGUGGAGAGCUGCUUCCACUGUAGCAGGUGUCGUGAAGGCAGAAAAGUCCUCCGGCCAUGUACUGCCGCAGCAAACACAGAAUGUUCCGAGUCUGAGCCUGAGCCUGAGGCUGAUCCAGAGUCAGGAAACAGAGGGUUGUAUCAUUUGCUCUACCUUAUCCUGGUUAUACCUGUUGGCAUGGUCGUCCACUCCUGUAAAAAGAAAGGUCUCACAUGGAUCACCAGGCAUAUCAAACAAGAGCCAGAUAAGCCAGGCGGCCCUUCUGCUGGCAGCAGCAGGCCCCGUGAGCACCUGCUGACCCUGCGUGCUGUGGGAGACCACCUGGCCCCCUGUACAGAAGUGCUGCUGGGUGAAGAGAGCUCUGCUAUGGCUCCAGAGGCCAGGACCUGCCCUGGGCCCUCCAGGGACCCGGCAGAGAGCCCAGCGAGGCAGGCUCUGGUGACUGAAGGAGGCGCAGCUGCCCCAGAGCUGGCUCUGUACACCCGUCCUGCUGCCCUCGGGUCCCAGGGCCACACCAAGGCGACAGUCUCCUUAAAUGUUCUGGAGCAGGAAUAUGCAAAAAAGUAUUUUCUGAAGGACAUGUCCAUUGAAACUAUCAAUAGAAUUUUUUAUGAAAUUGGACAUGAAGUUCCAAAAGGUACCUGGAAGAUGUUUAUGAGGUUUAUCAGACUUGAAGAAAAUGAAAUUGAGAUCUGUGAAGAAGAAAACCCAGGAAACGUGAUGGAACAGCGUCAAAAGAUGCUUCUCCGGUGGAGAAAUAACCAGGGAAAGGACAGUUCUGUUUUUAAACUCAUGGCUGCCCUCCAUAAACUGCAGUUGGACAUGCCUUUGCAAAAUAUUAUAAACAGACUGGUUGCUGAAGACAUCUUAGGUAGGCAUACUGGGAUCCCAACUUAGAUUCAUGUAUUUUUGGUUGCAUUUGAUAUUAAGCAAUAUCCUAGACGAACAGCAUGUGAGGGGCUUCUGUGAGUUCCAAUCUGGUUGGAAACUUAAUGAAUUCCUGAUGAGUGUACACCCCAUCUCUGAAGCUUUCAACAGAACAUUUUCUGUGUAAAGCUUUCGAUAGGAGCUGGAGGGCUGUCCUUGGACUGUGUGGCUGAGUUGGGCUUACAGGGAUUCCAGAGGGCUGUGAGCUGUGGAGGCAGGAACCAGCUACCUGUGCCAGUUCAGUGUCCUUGACCUCUUCCAAGGAGCUGAAGCUGGGAGGAUUUGUUUUUGGCUUUCUGCCUUGCCCACUGGUUCUCAUAUUCACUGUGGUGCUUCCAUGGCUUGAAUGGGGUAUGGUGCAGACUAGGUGCUCCAUAAGUAUGUCUGAGUAAGUCAGCCACAGAUACAGGCAGCUCGCAGCUGAGGGCCAUGGUCUGGUAGUCCGCAUCAGCCCCGGUCAGAGUCAGUGCUUUCACGCUACCACUCAGGACUUCAACGUGAGGUUGAGACUGAAUUAGACUAGACCCCACCUUCUAAACCAGGAUGAGCGGGUGAGGCACGAUGCCCGUCACAGAAACUUCUUUAGUGCCUAACUUUUUAAGUAUUGAGUGUCUCUGCUUCUGGUCACUUGGGUUUUGGCCACAGAACCCAGAUGAUGAAGGGAACGUCAUUGUUUGGAAAGUCUCACAGUAAGAUGCAUACAUGGUGCCACUGCUGUGGCUCUACGGCCUGCCACCUUUCAGAGUUGCAAAUGUGGCUGCCCUGCCAAGUGCAAGAGAAAGUAUAACUGGAGUGCCAAGGCUAAAAGACAAAAUACCAAUGAGACUAGUUGGAUGAGGCAGUUACAAUUUGUGCAUCUCAGACAAAAAGAUACCAAGGCCGCACCCUUCUCCAGGAACUGAGCUGUGCCUCCAUUGCAACUUCGGAUCCCUGAAAUAAAAAACGCCCUAGAACGAGGCCUCUGCUGGGACUAUGCCCUCACUACAAAAAAGAGACACACUGAAAGCAGAAAUUACUCUCUCCUGGAAAAAAAAAAAUCACCUUCCAAAACCAGUGGAUCCCCUUGAACUGGCACCCUUCACACCCACGGACCCUCAGGGACUGCUUCAGUCUGAUGGGCAGACCCCAGCGUGGAAACAGACUCAACUCCAUCACACUGAUUUUAGUUAAGACCGGAGCCACAGGGCAGUGCCUGUGGCUCAGUGGGUAGGGUGCCGGCCCCAUAUACCGAGGGUGGCGGGUUCAAACACGGCCCUGGCCAAACUGCAACAACAAAAAAAUAUAUAGCUGGGCGUUGUGGCAGGCGACUGUAGUCCCAGCUACUUGGGAGGCUGAGGCAAGAGGCUCACCUAAGCCCAAGAGUUGGAGGCUGCUGUGAGCUGUGACGCCACGGCACUGUACCAAGGGUGAUAAAGUGACAAAAAAAAAAAAAAAAGACCGGAGCCACAUACUAAAUUUUCAAAACCUCUAUUUCCUUCCCCCAUCUCCAUUGUCAGAGUAAGAGUUAAAUAUCACUGAGUAUUCCACUGCUCUUCUCCCUGAGAGAUCAAGUGUUUACUCCUUUCUGAUGCUUCCCUAUCACCCUACCCCUGACUAAAAAGAGAUCUUAAGGUUAAAUGUAAACACUGGUCUCCUUGUAACACCUCAAGCUGUCACAGAACAGCUGUAUUUGCUUUUUUCAUUUUGUUCCUCACCCCAUCCACAGGAGGCUGACUUUAUUAGAUUCCUUGUAAUACAUUCCUGGCAGGAACUGAGGCAAAGAGCAGGUGCCAGGAACUUGUGCUCCAGUUGUCUGCUUGGGGCUCUUCAAGGCUGUUAAGAUGAAUUCUUAACAAGCCACAGGGGUUUAAUGAAAACAAAAGGCAGCUGUUCUAUGAGUAUUUAUUUUUCUUAAGCCACCCAUUGUAGAGGGCUGUGGCAUCUUAGCUCACAGCAACCUCAAACUCUUGGGACACCACACUUGGUGGCUACUUAUUAGGUCAGAUAUAGAUAGAUAGAUAGAUAGUUUUUUUUUUAAACAGUCUCUGUCACCCUGGAGGUGCUGUGGGGUCACAGCUCACAGCAGCCUCAAACUGUUGGGCUGAAGCCAUCUUCUGGCUUCAGCCUCCUAAGUAGCUGGGACUACAGGCACCUGCCACAACUCCUGGCUAUUUUUUUUUAUUUUAGUUUAGCAGGCCCAGGAUGGGUUCGAACCUGCCACCCCUGCUUCAUGGGGCUGGGCCUGGAGCUCUAGCCACUGAGCUACAGGCGCCCAUUGAGUUUAUUCUUUUUGUUAGAUAGCUUAUUUUCCUGGUUAGGCAUUAGUAAGGCCACCUUAAAUUCUCCCCCCUUUUUUGGCUAAAAUUAAAUUUUUUAUUUAACGAACUCAGAAACUGGAGUAUUUGCACGAAGGUGGAAUUUUCUGGAGUUGUUUUCUGUUGGAUUGGCAGGUGGAGGUGUCCCUCUGGGGAGUUCAUGUGAAUCAUUAAGGGGGAGUGAGAGUAGAGGCAGGAUAGGAAUCACAUUAGAAGGAAAUCACAAAAGCUUUUAAUUUUUUUAGUUUUUAUUUUAUUUUUGCAUUAAUGCUGUUUUUAAUGGCAGUGGAAUAGAGGAUGUACAAGGUUUUACAUCUGUUUUACAUUCUAUUUUGCUUGAGCUAAUAGAAGUUUUAGAAGUAGCCCAUUGACACAACAAGUAGCUUUAUAAUAGAAAUAUUUUACAGGCUGCCCAGGGUGUAAAAAAUAUACAGGACACGGUGGAGAUUAUCUCCCGUGUUUAGUAGAGUGGAAAAGUUAACAGCCAACCUAGCACUGUGAUUUUAUGUGGGAGAAAUUUGUUUUGUUCUGGUGAUGGUUUCACCUUCUCUCUUAUUUGGGUGAGCGGGAAAUAAAAUUUGCUUCCCCAAGUUUUAUGUUUUCUUGUUAAUACACAUUUUGUUUCAGUAGGAUGCCAUCCAUUAAGCCUACAGGAGUCCUCCUGGGUAUUUCUGAGUUGUGUGUGUACACGUGUUUGAGAGUUGGAACAGCUUGUCUUUUUAUACACUUAGUUGUUUGCUUACUGUUAGACAGAAGAUGAGUGGCGUAUCCUUUCCAUAUUUCCUGAUAACAAACCCGUCAAGGUCCACAGUCCUCAUCAAGUAUCUUGUUUUAAAAUUUGGGAGAUCAUACUACAACCAAACCAAACCAAACCAAACAAGCUCUUGCAAAAACCACUCACUCCCAGGGGCAGUGCCUGUGGCUCAAAGGGGUAGGGCACUUGCCCCAUAUGCCAGAGGUGGCAGGUUCAAACCCAGCCCUGGCCAAAAACUGCAAAAAAAAACCACUCACUCCCUAAGCACAGGCUUGUGCUGUAACUUCCCCAGAACACUGUGUUUUCACUUCCGGUGACUGGCCUUCCAAUUCUGUCUUGAUCAGAGGAACAGAACAUGGAAAGGAGGUGCAUAUGCAUAUGUUUACCUUUUCCUAGUACAUUUUCAAAUUUUAGUAAUGUCCCAUAAUAAAUUCUCAUGCUGUUCCCCGUGUCCUCUUACAUUGAGAAACCGCAAAGUCAUCUGACUCGGGCUAUCCGUGUUUCUCAGACCUGCUUGUGUGUGCUGUGUGGCCUCUGAGUGGUGUGGCAUGGUGUGGGUGAGCAGGCAGAAGGGCUCAGGUAGACUCUAAGGCACUUUCCUUUACAUCCAAUGGCAGGUUGUCCCCCUCGCACUUUCCACAGCAGGUGACCCAGUGCUUCCUGGCUCCUUGCAGACAGC